GGGCCCCGCACGGUGGGGCCGGGCCGGUGGCUGAGGCCUGUCUCCUCGUUCCCAGGUGCCAUGAGGAAGCCCCGCCGGAAGUUGCGGCAGAAUGCCGAGGGCCGGCGUUCCCCAUCCCCCUACAGCCUGAAGUGCUCCCCGACCCGAGAGACGCUGACCUAUGCCCAGGCCCAGCGGAUUGUGGAGGUGGACAUUGAUGGACGCCUGCACCGUAUCAGCAUCUACGACCCGCUGAAGAUCAUCACUGAGGAUGAGCUGACUGCUCAGGACAUCACCGAGUGCAACAGUAACAAGGAAAACAGCGAGCAGCCUCAGUUCCCUGGCAAGUCCAAGAAGCCCUCGUCCAAGGGCAAAAAGAAGGAGUCCUGCUCCAAGCAUGCGUCCGGUUCCUCCUUCCAUCUGCCACAGCCCAGCUUCCGGGUGAUGGAUCCAGGCAACCAGCCCGAAGCGCCCCCGCUGCCCGCCGCCUAUUACCGCUACAUCGAGAAGCCGCCGGAAGAACUGGAUGCAGAGGUCGAGUACGACAUGGAUGAGGAGGACCUGGCCUGGCUGGACAUGGUGAACGAGAAGCGGCGAGCAGAUGGGCACAGCUCAGUGUCGGCAGACACCUUCGAGCUGCUGGUGGACCGGCUGGAGAAGGAGUCCUACCUGGAGAGCCGCAGCCUUGGGGCCCAGCAGUCCCUCAUCGAUGAAGACGCCUUCUGCUGCGUGUGCCUGGAUGAUGAGUGCCACAACAGCAACGUCAUUCUCUUCUGUGACAUCUGCAACCUGGCCGUGCACCAGGAGUGCUACGGUGUCCCCUACAUCCCCGAGGGCCAGUGGCUAUGCCGCUGCUGCCUGCAGUCUCCCUCCCGGCCUGUGGAUUGUGUCCUCUGCCCCAAUAAGGGUGGUGCCUUCAAACAGACCAGCGAUGGGCACUGGGCCCACGUAGUGUGUGCCAUCUGGAUCCCUGAGGUUUGCUUCGCCAACACUGUGUUCCUGGAGCCCAUCGAGGGCAUUGACAGUAUCCCACCCGCCCGCUGGAAGCUGACCUGCUACAUCUGCAAACAGAAGGGGCUGGGUGCCGCCAUCCAGUGCCAUAAAGUGAACUGCUACACAGCCUUCCACGUGACCUGCGCGCAGCGGGCCGGGCUCUUUAUGAAGAUCGAGCCCAUGCGAGAAACCAGCCUCAACGGGACCAUCUUCACCGUGCGCAAGACCGCCUACUGUGAGGCCCACUCGCCCCCCAGCACCGCCACGGCCAGGAAGAAGGGCGACUCCCCCAGCAGCCUCAGUGAGGCCGGGGAUGAAGACGGGCUGAAGGAGGGUGGGAGGGAGGAAGAGGAAGAGGGGGAAGUGAAGGAGGAGGAGCAGGAAGGCCAAGGUAGGGCGGGUAGCCCCCUCAAGGCAGCACCCAAGAAGAGCAAGAUGCGUGUGAAACAGAAGAUCAAGAAGGAGCCAGAGGAGGCAGGCCGAGACACACUUUCCACCACGCCCGUGGUCACCGUCCCGCAGAUACCCUCUUACAGGUUGAACAAGAUCUGUAGUGGUCUCUCCUUUCAGAGGAAAACCCAGUUCAUGCAGCGGCUGCACAACUACUGGCUGUUGAAGCGGCAGGCCCGGAAUGGUAUUCCCCUCAUCCGGCGCCUGCACUCGCACUUGCAGUCGCAAAGAAACGCCGAGCAGCGAGAGCAGGAUGAGAAGACGAGUGCGGUAAAGGAAGAACUAAAAUACUGGCAGAAGCUCCGGCACGACUUGGAGCGGGCACGGCUGCUGAUUGAGCUGAUUCGGAAGAGAGAAAAGCUCAAGCGGGAGCAGGUCAAGAUCCAGCAGGCUGCCAUGGAGCUGCAGCUGAUGCCAUUCAAUGUGCUGCUGAGGACGACGCUGGACCUGCUGCAGGAGAAGGAUCCUGCGCACAUCUUUGCCGAACCUGUCAACCUGAGUGAGGUUCCAGAUUACCUGGAAUUCAUAUCCAAGCCAAUGGAUUUUUCUACUAUGAGGCGGAAGCUGGAGUCCCACCUGUACUGCACCUUGGAGGAGUUUGAGGAGGACUUUAACCUUAUAGUUACCAACUGCAUGAAGUAUAAUGCUAAAGACACAAUUUUCCACCGAGCAGCUGUCCGCUUGCGGGACCUGGGAGGGGCCGUCCUACGGCAUGCCCGGCGGCAGGCAGAGAACAUCGGCUAUGACCCCGAGAGGGGCACCCACCUGCCGGAAUCACCCAAAUUGGAAGACUUUUACCGCUUCUCCUGGGAGGACGUGGACAACAUCCUCAUUCCAGAGAACCGGGCCCAUUUGUCCCCAGAGGUGCAGCUGAAGGAGCUGCUGGAGAAACUGGAUCUGGUGAGCGCCAUGCGGUCCAGCGGGGCCCGCACCCGCCGCGUCCGCCUACUGCGCCGGGAGAUCAACGCCCUUCGGCACAAGCUGGCGCAGCCGCCACCGCCGCCACAGCUGCCCUCCCUGAGUAAGACAGUGCCCAAUGGAGAGCUGCCCGUGGGGCCCCGGCGGGAUGCGGCAGUUGUGGAGCAGGGCCUGCAGGAGGAGCCGGAAGACGACGGGGACAGAGAUGACUCCAAACUGCCUCCCCCGCCGACCCUGGAGCCCACUGGGCCUGCGCCUUCCUUGUCUGAGCAAGAAUCCCCCCCGGACCCCCCUACCCUGAAACCCAUCAAUGAUAGCAGACCUCCACGCCGAUUCCUAAAGCCCAGAAAAGCAGAAGAAGAUGAGCUCUUGGAGAAAUCACCUCUGCAGCUAGGGAGUGAGCCCUUGCAACACUUGCUCGGUGACAACGGCAUCAACAGACUGUCUCUCGUGGCCCCCGACAGCCCUGCCGAUGCCCCGCUCAGCGGCGUGGGGCGCCGCACAUCGGUCCUUUUCAAGAAGGCCAAGAAUGGGGUUAAGCUCCAGCGGAGCCCAGACAGGGCCCUGGAGAAUGGCGAGGACCAUGGCGCGGCGGGCUCUCCCUCCUCUCCAGCCAGCAUUGAGGAUGAGCACCGUUCCCGGAAGCGGCCAAGGAGCAGGAGCGGUAGUGAGAGCGAAGGGGAGAGGUCCCCCCAGCAGGAGGAAGAGACAGGUGUGACCAAUGGCUUUGGAAAGCAUGCCGAGAGUGGGUCUGACUCGGAGUGUAGUUUGGGUCUCAGCGGUGGACUGGCAUUUGACGCUGGCAGCGGUCUGACACCUCCUAAGCGCAGCCGCGGGAAGCCGGCCCUGUCUCGAGUGCCCUUCCUGGAAGGUGUGAACGGAGACUCCGACUACAGCAGCUCAGGCAGAAGCCUCCUGCUGCCCUUUGAAGACCGCGGAGACCUGGAGCCCCUGGAGCUGGUGUGGGCCAAGUGCCGAGGCUACCCCUCCUACCCUGCCCUGAUCAUCGACCCCAAGAUGCCCCGGGAGGGCCUCCUGCACAAUGGCGUCCCCAUCCCUGUGCCCCCGCUGGACGUGCUGAAGCUGGGAGAGCAGAAACAGGCAGAGGCUGGAGAGAAGCUCUUCCUUGUCCUCUUCUUUGACAACAAGCGCACCUGGCAGUGGCUCCCCAGGGACAAAGUGCUGCCCCUGGGUGUGGAAGACACUGUGGACAAGCUCAAGAUGCUAGAAGGCCGCAAGACCAGCAUCCGCAAGUCGGUACAGGUGGCCUACGACCGUGCCAUGAUCCACCUCAGCCGAGUCCGGGGCCCCCACUCCUUUGUCACCUCGAGCUACCUGUGAGGGCGGGGCGGCCUGCGUCUGCCUGCGCCGCCUUGCCGGGCCUCCCUCCCGGGCGCACGGGGAAGACUCCUCUGCCCAGCCAGACACUUGGCAGGCAGCUUGCCCGCUCAGGGUAGCCUGAGGGCUAGACUGUGCCCCCACUAAAGGGAACGCCCCCAUUUUGACCAUUCACACGAUUCCCUGGAGGGCCUGCUGUGUGCCAAAACCUGCUGGGGCUCGCUCCGGGCUGUCCACCGAAGAACCACUCGCUGCGGGCUGGGCCAGCCAAGGAGCCGGCCCUGGCCCAAGCCUAGGCCCUGAGGUGAGAAGCCCGGGCUCCUUCUCCGCCUGCCUGGCUCCCUGCAUCCCCUCGGGGUGGCCAAGGCUCCGCUGACCCCAGAGAUGCUGUGGAUGCCCAGGGCCCUGGGCCUCCCCGAGAGCUCCCCACCCCUCUGCCCGCCUCCCCUGUCUUCCGCCCUGAGGCCCAGGCGCCCGCGCCCUCUUCCCGUCCUUCCUUCCUCUCUUGUGCCAAACUGACAGAAACAUCACCAAACAUGACCUUUUCUUUCAUGUCUCAUUCUCCUCUUGCUCAGCUGCUGUCCUAGGUGGGUGUCAGGGCCCAGGCAGAGGGCAGCCCACCCCCAGGGCCCCCACCCAGAGACCCCCACUUCUGCUGCUGACCCUCGAGGCCCGGCAGACCACGCCCUCUGCCCUUGCUGUGGGAGGGCCGGCUUCUGUCAGCAGGCCAGGCCGGUGGGGUUUAAGGGUGGCUGGGAUCUUUUACAGAGCAGAUCCCCAGGCCCGCACCAGCGCCCCCAUUCCUCCCCAGGGGGCUCAAGCUGUGCAGCUGCGGCCGUGAGCCCAUACACCAGGGCACAGCGGGCAACACAGCACUGCCCUGCCUCAGCUUCCCGCCGGUGCCCUGCCGGCCGGCUCUCCUGCUCCCGCUCCCCAGCCAGGGCCAAGCAGGGGUCGCAGCCCUGAUUUCACACCUGUCUCCUUCCUCCUUCCCGUCAUCUCUUCCCCGCCUUCACCUUCUCAAAAGUGGAAGGGAAAAAACUGUGAAUGGGGAAUGCUGACUGACAGACCAGCGCAGCUUUCCAGGGCCCCCACGUCUGUCCUCGGGACGCUCCUUUCACCUCUUACGCACCAAAGUCGCAGGGCCCGGCUGCAGGCCGCUGAUCGCCAUGUUGAUUUUUAACUCGACGUUCUUUUUAAUUGUUUUAAAUUUUUCAUAGGGGAGUUUUGGACAAAACAAAGUCACUGGGGAGAUCACUGCCAUUUUUACACACUUCAACUUUUUAAAAAUACAAGCAACCACACACCAACUUCUUACACAUUUGGGACACGAGCCAGAGUUUAAAAGGGAACCAACAAAAGCUCUCUAUCACACACAGGAUGGGACUUGGGGUUUUGUACAGUAAUAAAAACAAUACAGCAUAUGGCUAGGGAAGGACGUGGUGUAUAUAACUGUAAAAUACUGUCCUAAAUUAUUCAGGCCUGCACUUCCACUGCGGAGUCUCCGUCUCCCGCGCGGUGUGGUUGACUUACGGAGCCCCACACCCUUCUCCCCAGGUAGUUGGUCAGCCGUGGGCUCUGUGACCUUUGUCUAGACCUGUGUCCUGAGACCCGGGCGUCCUCCCUCUCGCUCUCUGUGUAUCUAGCUCGCUCUUCCCUCACACUCUCUCCUUAGUCUCUAUUUUUCAGUCUCUCUGAAUCUUUCAGUCUCUCUGAGUCUCAUUUUUAAAAAUGCUCUUUUAGAACAGGAAGCGGCUCAGACCCUGCUGUGGCACGGGGCCUCCGUGUCUCUGUCGCGUCUGCUGUGAAGCACACGAUGCUCUAUUUAUUGUAGAAAGUGACUUUAUUUGCUUUCUAGAAUUGUUUAUAACAGAUGGUAUAAGAGAGAUAAUAAACAAAAAUCUAUGCCUGUAAAGAAUACAGAAGUUAAUUUUACCUACUAUAAUAUGACUGUCGGAAACUUAUUUUCUCUCUGAGAAAUAAAUGUUCUAAUGGGCAGCAGUC